UGGGCUGCAAGAGCAAGAAGGCAGGAUGUUGUCGAGACCAAAGCCUGGGGAGUCUGAGGCAGACCUGCUGCACUUUCAAAACCAGUUCCUGGCAGCCAGAGCUUCACCUGCAGUCAAGAUUGUGAAGAAAGCAGACAAGAGGAAGGGGGAGGAAGAGAGCACAGAUGCUGAGAGACCCCCGCUGCAGGACAGCAAGGAUGUAGUCAUGUUGGAUGAUUUUCCUGAUAUUGUCCCAGCUCUAACUCCAGCUCCUCCAAAAAAGUCCAAGAUCAAAAAUGCUUGUGUCCACUUCGAAGAUGAAGAUCCAGAGGAAAGACUAGAGAGGCAUGAUCAACACAUUACAGCAGUCUUCAGCAAAAUUAUUGAACGAGACACGAGUGCAGUAGCAGUGACCAUGCCAGUGCCCACAGGAGACCCGUUUCCAAGGACAUUUCACCGCUCUGAGAUAAAAAGUGAGGUGAAGGUGGGAUCUGGAAGAAAAAGCAUCUUUGCACAGAAGAUGGCAGCGAGAAGAGCUGCUGAGAAAGCAGCAACAGCUCCCUCCGCUGUCGAGUGUCUGCAAAUAAGAUCAACUGCUCCGGAGGCCCUGGAUCCUGAGGAAUCAGCAGGAGAGGCACCUCUCCCCAGCAUCAGGGAUGAUAAAGCUGGUGACUUUUUCACCUCUCAGCGGCCUUGUCUCAUAACGGGAGAGGGUCUUGGAAACCAAAAGAGUGAGCAGGAAGCUCAAGCUAUUCACAAAGAGAACUUGGAGAAGCUGCGGUCCAUGUCUGAGGAAGAGAUCCUGCAGGAGCAGGAAAGGCUUCUGACUCAGUUGGAUUCCAGUUUAGUUGCUUUCUUAAAGUCACGACGUGGUGGCAACGAAGGCCAGAAAAAGGAAUUAAAAAUGGAGCAGAACACACCAGAGGAGUUUGUGGGAUCUCUGCCUGUGGCUCAGCGUGGUGUAAGGUCAUCUCUUUCUAUGCAGGAGUCAGAUCUGGAAGAAUCUGUAAGGUCGAAAGAAAAUAUGAAGGUAGAAAUCACAGAUGAUGAUCUACCUGUGAAGCCCAGGAAGGAAUGGAUUCACAUGGACAAUGUGGAGUUUGAGAAGCUGGAAUGGAUGAAAGAUUUGCCCUCACCCCGGCAGAAGAAAACCAGAAAGGGAAUGCAAGCUCGAUUCAGUUUAAAAGGAGAAUUGAUUCCUGCAGAUGCUGAUUUACCGACGCAUCUAGGCCUGCAUCACCAUGGAGAAGAGGCAGAGAGGGCUGGUUAUUCUCUCCAAGAGCUCUUUCAUUUGUCUCGCAGCCAAGUUAUUCAACAGAGGACACUGGCUCUACAGGUCCUAGGUCGUAUUGUUCAAAAGGCCAGAGCUGGAGAGUUUGCUUCCUCCUUGAAGGGCAGUAUUCUGCGUCUGCUGCUUGAUGCUGGGUUUCUCUUCUUGCUGCGUUUCUCGCUGGAUGAUGCAGUGGAUAACGUCAUGGCAGCAUCUGUUGGUGCUCUCCGGGCUCUGCUGGUGUCACUUGAUGAUGAGAAAUAUCUUGAUUGGACUUUCUCAUGGUACCAAGGGAUGGCUUCAUUCCCCUUUGUCCCCAACAAUGAGGAGGAAGAAGAGGAGGAAGAGGAAGAAUUAAAUGGAACGGAGAAGUCUCAAGAUAAAAAAUUAAAGGAUGAAAACAAGCCAGAUCCAGAUGUGGCCCGGUAUGAUGUUGUAAAGGGACUUUUGAAGACACGGAUCCAGCACCGGCUGAGGUACAUCCUGGAGGUGGUACGACCUGUUCCAACAGUAGUCCUGGAUAUACUGCACAUCCUCACCCAUAUAGCAAGGCACUCCUCUGAAGCAUGCAGCCAGCUGCUUGACUGUCCUCGGUUGAUUGAGACCAUUGUCAGGGAAUUUCUCCCUACGCAGUGGGAUCCCCAAGUGGCUGAACCAGGGUGUUUACUCACCAGCCUCCACGGAGUUCCUUGCGCCACUGCUAUGAAGUUCAUCAGAGUGUUGGCAUCUGGAGGCCGAAAUGCAACAGCCAGGCUGCUUAACAAAUUUGCAAUGAAAGGUCGGUUAAGUCGAUUUAUAGCUGAAAACCCGCUGGACCUGCUCCUACCAAGGGAAGAAGCCAUCAGGCUAAGCACCGAAGCCUUCCGGUUGUGGGCUGUGGCUGCUGGCUAUGGUCAGGCCUGUGAUCUCUACAGGGAUCUCUAUCCUGUGCUGGUGAGGAUACUGCAGUCCCUUCCUGAGUUGCUCAGCACUUGCCAUCGGAAGAACCCUGUGAUUGAGUUGUCUGUCCAGCGAGCUACAGCAGUAGUUACUCUGCUGGUACAUGUGACGCAAACAGCGGGCUACACGGCGGAGCUGCAGGCCAAGCUGAGCAGUAAUAGCUCAGAAGAUAGUGAACAG